AUAUGUAUAAUUAAAAAAAUAAAAGUUUACACACACACACAUAUAUAUAUAUAUAUAUACAUAUAUAUUAUCUUUGCAAAACAUUACUUCUUUUCUUAAGCACAAGUGCACCAGUGACCCAUUUUAAUCACAAGAGGGCGCUGCUGCUGCGCCAAAUAACGCGUCCGUCCAAAGGGCGUGUAAUUGGCUAGCGCUACUGUCAAUCAUUUCAUGAAUCAGCCAUUCAGACAGGAGUUACACCAAACACGCACAGAGCGUGUUCGUGUGAACGCGCUAAGCAGGUUACCAUGGAUACCAACAGACCUAGCUAGCGUAGCUUGACUAGCAGGCUAACUUACAGCCAUAAAAACAUGUUUUAACAGUAAUAACGGAUUAUUAUUUCCCCCACCACCGUGUGUGUAGUUUGUUAGCUUGCUUGCGAGCUAGGCGGCUUGCUAACAGGUUAUCUAGGUAAGCUAGCUCCCCGGUGUCGGUGUUGAUCAUCAUGGGGAGAGAUGUGGAGGAGGUCGCGGCCGCUGUGGUGCGGGAAUAUCUCAGCAGAAAGGGUCUGAAGAAAACCAUCGCCUGCAUGGACGAAGAGUUUCCACGGACAAACUCGAGCAUAAACAACCGCUCGGAGCUGUGCCGAGUGCUCCACUUGGAGAGUCUGUACAAGAAGAAUAAGAGCGAAGAUCGGCCGCUGAAAACCAUGCUGGAGAUCAUGACGAAGGAGCGGAUGAAGAAGGCCGGGGACGUCAAAAAGCACCCAGUCGAAGGGGAUGGGAGCGCGGAGCGUACCGCGUCGAAACCCGGUUCUGACUCCGCUGCCGAUGAAGAUCGCGUGACAAGGGGACGAGAUCUCGCACAACCGCACACGGACGAGAUGAGGUCAUCCGAGACGAGCGCCGUGUCCCGGCUCGGCUCCUCGUCUCCGCCAGAGAUAGAAGGAAACCUCAACACCAUGUCACCGACGGCAGGCCCGGGCUUGGAGCAGACGCUCAGAGGUGGGGACGGGCAGACAAGCAGAGGCAGCAGAAUGAGGAGAGGCAUCAUGGCAGGUCCUAUUGCUGCCUCCUCUAAGCAGGAAAACGCCAGGAGACGUGGUCCUGUCAGAAAGACCGCAGCGUCUCCGUCUCUUUUACCCAAGAACGAAGAAGAGGAUUCAUCCGGACUGAACCGGAGGAACUGGAGCAGCAGCACCACGGGCGCGUCACACACCGGAUCGGACGAGUUGAACGCCCUCGAGCGAGAAAGCACGCCGUCGAUCAGACAGAGUGGACAGAGCGACAGAACACCUCGACUCAGAGCUCACAAAAAUGACUGGGCGCCUAGUCCAAGACCGGAUGCUCUUCACAUGGCGGGAUUGGUCCUGGAUGACGUAGACGAUCGGGAAGUCUCGACCGGACUGCCCGCUGUUCCCAUCGAUAUCUUCUCGCGUCACCGUGACUGGAAUAAAUGUCCCAUGGACCAGAAAACAGCUAUCGCACUGAAGGAGAUCAUCUUCGGCUCCCCCGCGGCCUGCUUCAGCGAGGAAUGGAGAUGUCAGAGCUUCACCUUUUCCAGCAGACCCGCUCUGAGAUACGGCAUCGUGCAGAAGAAGGGCGGGCCGUGUGGAGUGCUGGCUGCCGUUCAGGCCGCCGUCCUCCAGAAGCUUCUGUUCGAAGGAACCAGCACUGACGCACUUUCUGAGAGACUGUCCGACGCCACGAGGACGAAGUGCCUGACUGACGCCGUGGCUGGAAUCCUGUGGAGAGCUGCAGACAGGAAGAACGUCACCGUCGCCAUAAACUCAGGGAGGAGUCAGUUCACCCCCAUGGGCCACUACAGAUUUGACGGUGUUCUGGACAUGAUCACCUGCGUGGACGUUCAGAGCUUCGACGACUUAAAGCUGCUGAUCGCACAGCACAUUCAUCAGUUUGAGUCGGGUCCGUUCGGCUGCGUCUUGCUCAUCGUCUCUGCCGUCCUGUCCAGAACGAUUCACACGGUCAGAGGGGACAUGGACGUCCCUACUUCCACUCUGAUUGGCGCACACGGCUACUGCACGCAGGAACUGGUAAACCUGCUGCUCUGCGGACGCGCGGUUUCGAACGUCUUCGACGACGAGAUGAAGCUCGACUCGGGAAACGGGAAUUUCACCCUCCUGAAGGGGAUCAAAGAGCGCUGCGACUUCGGACUGCUGUCGUUAUACGAGCAUUACAACAUCUGUAAGGUCGGCUCUUACCUGAAGAACCCCAGGUUUCCGAUCUGGGUGGUGUGCAGCGAGAGUCACUUCAGCGUCCUGUUCUCGCCGUGCGAGGAUCUGACGUCCAGCCGCCGGAGCCCGCGAGAGUUUGACCUGCAUUACUACGACGGCCUGGCCAACCAGCAAGAACCCGUCCGAUUAACAGUGUAUCCAGACUCGGCUGUAAAGAUGGCGGACGCCGAGGAUGUGGAUUCGGACCUCACGCCUCCACUGGAGCUCUGCAUCAGGACCAGAUGGACGGACGCAGCCGUGAGCUGGAACGACAGCGAGCCCAUUCUCUGAUUACCGGAUCGAUCAGAACGCUGGUCUCGGUUUCCUCACCCGCCUCCUCCUGCGUUUUUUUUUCCCGUCCGUAUUUUUAUCGUCCGUAUUUCCGCUGCUGCACGAGUACACGCUAUUCACCUUCUUCUUAUUUCUUAUUUAUUCAAAUAGCUUGCCGUCCCUUCCAUCGGCGGCGUCACUUUCCUCUAACAGCACGUCUCUGCGUGUUCCGUUCCGCUUCUACCACAGCGGGUUCCAGACACUCAUUUCACCUUUACAGAAGGAGUCUCCGGUGUGAGAGGUAAAACUGGAACGUUACGCUUCUCGACGUGUUCAGGGCCGAGGACGCGUUUGUUAUAUAAUUAUCAUUAUUAUGAUGAUGGAUUUGAAGCGAGGCUGGUGAGGGAACGAGUGUUUAUAGCUGCUAUAACGUUGUUUCCUGGACGUUCCUCGACCACAAACUGAUCCGAACGAUGACGUUUCCUUUCGAUUAAUGAAAAAUGUUCACUCUUGGCAUUUCUGUGGCGUAAGAGGACGGAAACAAAUCAGGACCCGCUGUCACACAGAUACAUCAGAGCUUCAGGACCCGGUACGAGGAAACUCCGCGUCAGCUGAGAUGUUUUUUUUUACUUUUUAGUUUGAUUUUCUUAAACGUUUGUGUGUGUUUCAGUUGAUUUGUUUGCUUUUAUACGGUUUUAGAUUUCACGAGCUGCCAUUAUUGCAUGUUUUAUUUAAUCCUAAUGGAUUAUGAUGAUAUAUUUAAUAUUAUCAGAUCGUAUUAUACUCGCCUUUCUUUCUUCCAUCCAUCCAUCCCUGCAUGAGCGGCUCCUGGCCUUUAUUUCCGUUUCGUUUAAAGAUCGGAUUUGAGAUCGGACUGUUUGCAUAAAAGCGGCGUCCAGUCGAAUAAACGUAACGUCGAGUGACAGCUACUAAAACGCCCGCGUCUAGAUUUCGUACCUCCGCGAGCCUCUACAGUGGAGGUAAAAAGUUUACACACCCCAGUUAAAACUGCUUCUUUUUUUUUUCUUUUCUGUUGUUUGUUUUUCACUUGAAUCACACACACACACGCACACACACACACACACACUAAGGGUUCUAGUGUAAGAUGCCAGUACGAGACAACUGUGCUGAAUUACAGAACUAUUAAUGUUUAUAAUCAGCAAAAAUGACCAGAAUGACUCACAGAAUGUGUGUGUGUGUGUGUGUGUGUGUGUGUGUGAUACUAAACACAGUCUGAUAUUAUAAUAUCAGUUAUUACAGAAUCGUUUUAGAAAGCACAUUUUGUUUCACAUUUCUAGAGGGUGUGUGUGUGUGUGUGUGUGUGUGUGUGUGUCCGGUUUGAUCACAACCGGAUCUUCUGACAAUUUCCUGGGAAAUUGUCCCCAUCAGUUUAUACAGGACCAUCUGGCAUUUUUAAUUUUAGCCUUUCGAUAACGGACCCCUUUCCACCCACGCACCGACGCAGCUCGAGUGUCCUUAUCCGACCUUUUCCCCCGACACACCACACCCGAACGCACGACGACAGUGCGGCGUCACCUGACGUCCUUUUCCUGUUAAUACUGACCGCAUAAAACCCCGCAUUCACCGCCUGAACUGAAGCUUCACACCAGCUUUACACAAGCGUGGCUGUUUUUUCUUCAUUCUCAGGGCAACCUGUUUACCAAGUGAAAUCGCCACGUGUUCGCGGCACAGCUGAUUUACAUCUAGCCACGCCUCCGGAGCACCGUAAAAGGCCAAGCGCACACAAAAUGGCGACCGAAGGACGAAAAAGCGCCCCUUUAAGCGCGGCGUGUGCUAAAUCUUCCAGUAAUGCGGCUCAGCCACCGCAGCGUGUUUUGGUAACACCGUAGAAACACACUAACUCCUCGUGCUUCCUCCUUGUAUACGGCGCCAUUACUUUCGUCCUGAUUGAACGGCUAGUAUUAAUUUAUCCGCCUUAACGUCUGGAUUUGUCGUAGAUCGCUUUCGAUCGGGUUUUGGAUGGAUAUUAGGUCUGACCCCAUCCUUUCUACAAGUUCGGAAAUGUCUCACACCAACUGUCAUCUCCAACAGGACUGACUAGCAUGCUAACGUUCGUCUCCACAGAGUUAGCAGCGACUCGCAUGUCUAACGUAUGUAUUACUUAUGAACUACGAACUUAAAAAACGAUCCGUUGUAGUCGCGUUUGCUGCCGUGGAAUGUCCGCAAAACGAGACGGUUAAUAAAACGAAAAAGCAAGAGGAUGUGGCAACCUGACAGACAGCUUUUCUUUUGUGUCUGGUUGAUAUUUCAUUUAUAAACGUGCAUGAAAAGUAAAGUUAGAAGACAUUUUAAACACCAUUAACGCAGUUUCCUUCACAACAACAACAGCAACAAAUAUACAAAAUGCAAAACAUUCAUAAAAUCUACAAAAUGUACCGUCUGGAUUCACUGUAACUCCACUUUAUCCUGAAAUAUACGCAUUAAAAUACUUCAAAAUGUCUUAUUUUUGCAUCAGUGUA